UUGGACUAACCCGUUUAACAAAUAUCAAAUAAAUAAAUAUCACUGACUGAUCCUGUCUUUGGUUUUUAAGGAGUCUGACACUUCUUGUACUUGUUCUUAAGACUCAUACUUAGAAAGCUUGGUCUCUUGCACUGCUCCAGAACUGAUAUGUGGCUACUGGAGAAGAUACGAGGAUCAGUGGACCACAGUGGGCUUCGAGCUAGUGAUUCUGCAGAAAAGCAAUCCAAGGGUGCUGCCUACAGUAAUGUAUUGACCCCUGACAAAAUCCCAGACUUUUUCAUUCCACCAAAGCUUAUUGGUGGGCCUGGAGAAGCUGACACACUUGAUCCAAAGCAAAAAUCUAGCAUGAUGCCAUCUACGUCUGAGCAGAACGUCUCCUCUAAAAAGCCCCAGAGUAGCCCAAGGCUUGUCAGCAGAGUGGCAUCAGAGAGUAAAAACUUACUGAAGGUAGCCAGUCGGCACAUUAUUCAGAUUGAGAGUGCUGAUGACUUGACAUUUGAUGACUUUGACCAGGGGAACCUGAACACAAAUGCUGACCCUCAGUCUCAAACAGCCAUGUCCCUCCCUUAUGUUCCUAAAACUCAGACUUCAUAUGGGUUUGCAACCCUUAUGGAAAGUCCUCACACCCGUAGGAAGGAAUCACUGUUUCAUGGUGAGCCUAGCAGCCCUGGACAGUCUCCAACCUCCCAACGUAGGAAAGCUACCAGCAGCAAAGUAAAUGGAGAAACAACACUUCUGAACCCUCCUGACAUCAGCAUGUCUUUAGUAAAUCCUUACCGGUACUUCAGUGGUGGAGACAGUGACACAUGUUCAUCAGCUGAAUCAUCCCCCUUCAGCUCUCCUUUGCUAUCAAGAUCUGCAUCACUGUUAAAAAUGUUUAAUCAAGAAGGUCAGUCCAAAGUGGCUAGAGUGAAGCAAACCUUUGCGAGGAACAGUUCUUUGUCCACAGAUGAAUGUAGCUCUGCAGACACUAGCCCUAAUAUGCCAAGACGGCUGAAAUCUGCAACUUCAACAGCUGGUAGUAUUGUGGCACCACUUGAUGUACCAGAGCGCUUACACAAAGAGCAUAAACUCCGCCUUAAUAAAGGAGGAGCUGUCCGCCUUAAAGCCGAAUAUGAUGCUUCCACUUCCCGUCUGCGGAUUCGCAUCAUGGCAGCAGAGGAUCUCUAUGAUAACCUUUAUGAUAUCAAGAGCAUUAACUGUUGUGUUUCUUUAUAUCUGAACCCAGGAAAAGUACAAAAGCAACGUAGCACCAUCAUAAAAAACAGCCGUAAUCCCAUUUUUAAUGAGGACUUCUUCUUUGAUGGGAUCCCUGCAGCAAACAUCAAGAAUAUGUCUCUAAAACUGAAAGUAGUCAACAAAGGUACUAGUCUAAAAAGGGACACCUUGUUGGGAGAGAAGGAACUUUCACUCUCUUCCCUGAUACGUUUCUCUUAAAAUAAGCAUGUCUGCCUUCGCAUUGUUCCUCUUCAAAUAAGCAUGUCUGCCUUCGCAUUCCUUUUUUCACUACUGAGUCAUCUGUGUACAGUACAGAAGGACAGGCCUGAUUAGAGAAAAAUGCUGCUUGAAGGAAGUGUGCUUCGACAGUUUGCAAACAUUUCUGAACUUUGGAAACUGAUAGCUGGGCACUGAUUAAAGGCAUAGUUGUGCUGACAGUUGUCAUACUGUUCGGUUAACUUUGGUCUUUUUCCAGUGUCUCAAAAGGGUUGCUCCCUAGACUGUGUCACUCCAGCUUAUUACAACACCAAGAAAUUUAGUGAUGGCUUCUGCAGUUUUACCUACCUUCUGAUAAAUUUCAUUUGCUUGCUCAGGAGCAUUACACAAUGUUAUUUUGACAGACAGAACUUGACAUUGUUAUGAGCUCAGGGCUGGAUGGAAGAAGAAACCGUUUAGUACAUCUGUUUAAGCAUCCAUAUCCAGAGAGAACUAAAACUAUAUAAAUUACCUUCUGUAUGUAGGGAAAACAGUUAAGUUUCUCUACUCUUUCUGCCAAAUUUGUAUUUCUUCAGCUUGCUAAUAUUUUGUGUUUGAUUUAUUGGUUUGACUGUAUCUGUUUACUGUAUUUUUGUGUAGUUCUUACAAACACGACCUUUGUUUAUAACUAAUUUAUGAACCAUACGAAUGGAACAGAAGGCAGCAUUUGUAUAUUUUGUGCACAGAAAAUGCUAUUCUUUGGAGAAAUUAUGCUUCCAGGCAGUGUGUCAUGCUGUUCACAGACACAAAGGGCUAACAGGUUGCUAAGUCCUUUGAUCAAUUAAAACAGUUUUCAUGUCCCUCAAGGAGGUUAAAAUAUAAUUUGUGAAACAGCAACAAAAACUGAACCAAACGUGCACAUUUCAAGAAUAGAUCUACCUCGGGGAUGGGCAGGGUUUUCUAUGUAGCAAAUUCAGACUGCAAUGAUUUUUAAGAAUAUUUCUACCCUUUUAACUUGACAGAAACACAGUGCCCUAUUUAUACUUGGGUCAAGCUGUUAGCCAACAUGCAGCUGUUCAUCGAGAUGGGGAGAUGUCGUACAGGUAAGGAGGUGGACCAUUUGAUCUCCUUUAGGGCAGAGCAAGCCACAAGCCACUAUAAGACUGAACUUGGGAGUGGCCCAAGUAAGUUAGUUGUGGCAUGACCUGCUCAUGAGCAUACAUUAAGGCAAGUAUAACGAGACUAUUUCACUGGCAGACAAUCAGCUGAUAGUGGUAUCAUUACGCCUAAGGGGAACAUAGGUCAGUGGGUGAAGAUACUUAUGAUAGUGCACAGUAAGUUGGUGCUAAAGUGACUUUUCCAUGGUACAUUUACAUAUGGGUAGCAUGAUGCACCCAUAAGCUCCAUAAAAAAAUCAACAGACUUGAUUUGCCCACUGACAAACAAAGCCCCAGUCAAAUGAUUUGAUCAUGAGUAGACUGCCUGCUACUAGUAAAGCAUCUUGUCUAGGAACAGCUUACUAAGUACUGUAGUAACCAUAGUAGCCAGCACAUUGAAGUAACAGAGGAGCAUCUUCUAGUGGGCUCCUGGUGAACUCCUGAUGGGAGGUGCUCUUCUCUUUCAAUCCCACAAUCCCAUGCUAUAAACAAUACAACUCAUUUCCUGAAGAUAACAUUGGAGGCAUAUCUGUCACCCAUUUUUGUAAGGACUGUAUGACAAAGUGGGGGAACUGAGAAGGAAAUUAGGGUUUCUAUAUUUCCAGGCCUUUCUGCAUUUGUUAGAGCACACUGCCUGGAAACCAGGGCUGAACCAGCCCCCCCUUAUCUCUCUUGUGGGUCUGUCUCAGCAUGCUUUGACUUUGCUCUUGGUCAUGGGCAUGACAGCCGAAGGCCCAAAACCAGAGAAGGCAUGUCUUGGUAAAGAACCCUUUAUUGUAUGCAUUGGACUAUGGUGUCUCACUGUUGUACAAUGUUCUCAUGAGGAGCAGUGUUUUCUCAAUGUAUAAAACGUCUGAGUGCAAGCACUGAUGUGUUUUAUCUACAACUGUAAAAGACUGUAUAAAAAAAUGACUGCUACUGUGUAAAAGCGGAUGCCUCUGUGUAUUCUCAAAAAUGUGCCAAGCUGUAUGACAUUAAAAAUAUUUUGAUACUGA